AGGGAACAGGACCCCAAAAACAAUUGCCCGGAGAUACGUGAUACUCGAAGAGAGUCUCUACUGCUGUGUUGAGUCGUUACAGUUAGGUUUAAAUUCGCUGUACAAGUUACUCCCGCUUUAAACUAACUUAAAUGAAAGAUAGCAUUGCGCAAUUCAUCUGCUUCUGAAACUUACCACUCGAUUUCUUAAUUGUGGACUGGCUUCUCCAAAUUGAUGGUACAGAAACAGAGAUCAAAGAUCAAAGGGAUUGGUAGACUUCAACACCAGCUUAUGAACUUCCUUCCUGCAAAUGUUUAUGCUGUCACAGACUCAUUUUCUCCGCGAUCUACAGUACUAUUCAUCAAGCUGUAUCAUUAAUUUGGCAUUCUACGUUAGUUUUUUGUAAGACCUACGUUGGUGAUGAGAAGGAAUCUUGGGUAUCAUAAAAAUGGCAUAUGAACUAACUGAGCAGAAAAAAAUUGGAUUGGGGUUAAUUGGCUUUGGAUUCUUCUUCUCAUUUCUGGCUGUGGUCCUCUUCUUUGAUAGAGGGUUGUUAGCAUUAGCAAAUAUAUUUUUCUUAGCUGGUGUAGUGCUAUUACUGAGUUGGCGUUCAACUUUGCAACUCUUUACAACAAAAGCGAACUACAAGGGUUCUGUUUGCUUCCUUCUUGGUCUCUUCUUCAUAUUUGUUCGGUGGCCAAUAGUUGGUAUAAUCUUUGAGAUUUAUGCCUGUGUUGUGUUAUUCGGUGGUUUUUGGUCUUCUGUCAAAGUGUUUUUAUAUCAGAUUCCAGUUUUGGGACUGAUACUUCAGUUUCCUGUUAUGGUACUUGAUCGUUUGAGGAGGCCUGGUUGAUAUUUGGUUAAUUUAGGAUUCUUACUGUCGUACUGAAGAAAUAUAGUCGGCUAACCAUCCACCGCUUACUCAAGCUACUAUAUUUUUGAAUGGUUUACUGCACUCAAUUUUUCUUUGCAAGAGAGAAUAUUACCUUACGUUUAUGCACUUGAUCGUAUUGUAUGCUGCCCUGAACAAAUUUAGUGCCAUAUAAAACUAUAUUUACGAGGUUAAUGGUCAGGCGAUUUCUUUGUGC